GCAGCCGCUUUACGUCAGCCGUAAAGCAAUGGACUAGAUGACAAUAAUGAUAGGCGAUAACUGAACACUGUAACGUUACUUUACAGAAUUCUGCCUAUCUGAAGCGUGUAAAUCCCGAUAAAGUUAAAUAUUUCCAAUCCACCAACCUCUCACUCGUUGCCAGGUCUAAGCAAAGUAUUUCAUUAAUACUCAGUGUCCCUCAGUGAGGCGAGAAAGCGACGAGAGCCAGUGGAAGAAGAAUCGCUUUUAGCCAGUCAUUGCCAUGGCCUCCGAAAGCGGCGAAAGCAACAUGGAUAGAGAAAUGAUUCUGGCCGACUUUCAGGCUUGCACUGGAAUUGACAACAUUGCAGAGGCAAUCACUCUGUUAGAGCUUAAUAACUGGGAUUUAGUGGCAGCCAUCAACGGAGUGAUUCCACAGGAGAAUGGGAUCUUACAAAGUAACUUUUCCAGUGAGGCGAGCCAGUCCAGUAUGUUUGGACCUCCUAGCCAAUCAGAAGCAGCCGAUGCAGCAGCAGGAGGUUCGGUUCCUCCCCCCUCUUCUUCGUCUUUGUCCUCCUCUCCUCCAUCGUCCUCGACUUCAGCUUUUUGCCCCGUCAACUCCUCCUCCCGACACAUUGUAGAGCGCCAGCCCCGGAUGCUUAACUUCAGGGUGGAGUACCGGCAGCGCACUGUAGAGCUGGUACUGGAGGAAGGCAGCACAGUCGGAGAAAUCAAACAGAUCCUCGAGACAGAGCUCGGGGUGCCAGUGUCGAAAAUGCAGCUGAAGGGAUGGAAGAGUGGAGACGUGUCCGAUACUACGGUGAUGAGAAGUUUACACCUGCCCAAGAACAACAGCCUGUACGUCCUGACCCCAGAUAUCGCCCCUACUGCCAGCACCAGCAAAAACAGUGGUCUCCCAGAGUCGUUAAACCAGAACUUCCUGCUGGUCAUCAGCCACCGCGAAGCCCAGAGGGACUACAGUCUCAACUUCCCCGGCACCAGAACUAUACAGGAGGUGAAGAGGAACGUUUCAGACUUGACCAACAUCCCCGUCCGGCAUCAACAGUGGGAGGGAUGGCCCGCUUCAGCCACUGAUGACUCUAUGACGCUAGCUGUCUCUGGGAUCAACUAUCCCUGCCAUCACCUCAGUGUUUGUCGAAGGUCCUCACCAGCCAAUUCCCAGGAACCCACAGAAGAGUGCGCAGACGUCCAUAUGGUCAGCGACAGUGAGGGGGAUGAUUUUGAAGACGCGUCAGAGUUCGGUGUGGACGAUUCAGAGAUGUUUGGAAUGGGCGCCUCCACCUGUCGGAAAGCGCCUAUGAUGCCAGAGAAUAGUGAGAAUGAAGCUGAUGCCUUACUGCACUUUACUGCCGAAUUUUCUUCAAGGUAUGGAGAGACCCACCCCAUGUUUUUCAUUGGGUCUUUGGAGGCGGCGUCUCAAGAGGCCUUCUACGGCAAAGCCAGAGAUAGAAAGCUGCUGGCCAUCUACCUCCACAAUGAUGACAGUGUCCUCAGCAACGUCUUCUGCUCCCAAAUGAUGUGCGCCGACUCUAUCGUCUCCUACCUGAGCCAGAACUUCAUCACGUGGGCCUGGGAUGUCACUAAAGAAGCUAACAAAGCCAGACUACUCACCAUGUGUACGAGGCACUUUGGCAGCGUGGUGACGCAGACUAUACGGACGUACAAGACAGACCAGUUCCCCCUGCUCCUUAUAGUCAUGGGCAAACGCACAUCCAAUGAAGUUCUAAAUGUUAUUCAAGGUAAUACGACGGUGGACGAGCUGAUGAUGAGGUUAAUGGGAGCGAUGGAGAUCUUCACCGCACAACAACUAGAGGACAUCAAAGACGAGGUGCGGCACGCAAACGUUGUUGUUCUUAAACGUGUGGUUCCAACACAUCCAUAUGUCUCCAGUCCCCGGAGUGGGAGUAGUGUCCCAGGAGGAAGCAUCUUUGUGGGCUUCAGGGAGUGGGAGGACUGGAGGAUGCAGGAUGGAGUUCUGGGGGGGUUCAAUUUGCCCCUGGAGGCUUUAUGUAGCCACUAA